AUGUUAGCAUUCCAGACAGUGGUCAUUGCAGUGUGGCUGCUGCCGGCUGUGUGCCACUCAGCCCAGCUCACCUGCACAACAGGCCAAGCAGAAAUGUGCAAAGCUGCGGGGAAGGCACCCGGGACAACUCUAGCUGGACUGGGAUUUGACGUUGUCACCAUGAAGCGUACACAGUCCUACGUGAUUGAUGUGAGCACCUGGCAACAGAACAACUCCUGCACCCUUUGCAAAAACCCCCUUAUGGGGGGGAGGCUACAGAGGCUGCCUGCAGCUGUGGAGAAGUGGCAACCCCUGAAACUGAACAUGAUGUUAUCCUCCACUGUGUAUGAGUCCCCUGAAGCUUUUAUCAUGAAGAGCAACACAGAUGUGCAGCCUGGCUGGACAGUAGGCCUGGACUUGAACACCACUUCACUCCUAGUUGGGGGUAUGCAGUCUACUGUUGCCAGGAUCAUCACGGCUCAGUCCAAACUGGACAAGUUCAGCUUCAUUACCCAAGAAGUGAAAUGCUCCUCCUACCGUUACAGCCUGAAAAAAACCCCACCCGUCCACCCCAUGUUUGUUCAGUCUAUUAUGAAGCUACCACAGCAGUACAACAACCAGACCAAGCCAGAUUACAUUAAAUUCCUGGCCACCUUUGGCACACAUUACACGCACAAAGUCGAUCUGGGUGGCAGAGUGAAAAGCGUCACUUCUGUGCAAACAUGCAAGGCGGCGUUGGAUGGCUACACUGAGAUGGAGGUGAGAAACUGCCUGAAUGCUGAGGCAGCUGCAAGAGCAAGUGUCAAGAGCACUGAAAUAAAAGCUCAGGCAGAGUAUUGCAAGAAUGCCUUGAAAAGACAUAAUAAUAUGGGUAGUUUUAGCAGUACAUUCAAGCAGAGGUUCACCCAGGUGGUGGGGGGCUUUAUAGGUAAUACAACCGACCUCCUCUUCUCUACCAAGGUCAAACCUGCCACCUUUCAUAAAUGGAAGAACACCCUGAAAACUAAUCCAGAAAUGAUCAGUUAUAGCCUGUACCCACUCUAUCAGUUAGUUAAAGACCCUGUGAAGAAAAAGGGAGUGAAGAAGGCCACUGAAGACUACAUUCUGCAACACGCUCUAAUCAAACACUGCUCCAAAAAUUGCACUCAGGGUUCCACUCCCAGCUCCCAUGAUCCAUGUGCGUGUGCGUGUCGACCCACCAGACACAUCACCGACAACUGCUGCCCUCAGCAGCGAGGCGUGGCCCACCUCACUGUAACUGUCAAACAUGCCACUGGCCUGUGGGGUGACAUAUUCACCGAAACUGAUGGCUUUGUGAGGGUCCUGAUGGGCAACCAGACUUUCCAGACAAAGGUCAUCAACUGCAACAAUAACCCAAAGUGGAACGAGGAUUUCUACCUGGGCACGGUUGAACUGCCCCUGAAGACGCAGCUGAAGCUUGAGGUGUGGGAUGAAGAUAAUCACUGGUAUGACCAAGCCAAUGAUCUCUUGGGGUCUUGCACCAAAUCAGUCAAGGCUGGGUCCUUCACAAUCAUCUGUCCUAUGAAUCAUGGCAACUUGUACUUCUCCUACAAGGCGGAGUGUGCCCCCGGGUUAGAAGGUGACAAUUGUUCAGAGUAUAGCCCGUUCAGAAUGAAAGAUGAUAUCCUUGACCUGUACUCACUGCGCACUAGCCUGAAUGUCAACCAGGACCUGCUGGUUCAUCUGAGAGGGGACCACACAGUGGUGAGGGGAAACAAAGAGGUCGAUGUUCAAGCUUAUCUGCCUCUUCCCAGUGAGCUGUGACUGGAAUCCAUCAGUGGAGGAAAGUCUUUUUAGAUUUAAGAUACAUAGAAUACAAGUCUGUCUGAUACAAAAUUGGUCUGCAACCAGACACAAAAAAUUUAUGCAAAAAGCUUAAAUAACCUGCAGCUACUGUGAAAAUAU